CCCGCCCAUCUCCACCGCCUCGGUCGCUCGCCGCACAAGUCCGCAGACCCUCGGCUGAUUGCCGCCGCCGCUACCGCUGCCGCCAAAAUGUCCACAGGUGUGCCUUCAGGAAGUUCAAGUGCUGCCUCUGGCAGUAACCGCAGACUCCAGCAGACACAGAAUCAAGUAGAUGAGGUGGUUGAUAUCAUGAGAGUCAACGUGGACAAGGUGUUAGAAAGAGAUCAGAAGCUCUCGGAGCUAGAUGAUCGCGCAGAUGCACUGCAGGCUGGUGCUUCUCAGUUUGAAACAAGUGCUGCCAAGCUGAAGAGAAAGUACUGGUGGAAGAACUGCAAGAUGUGGGCGAUAGGGAUCAGUGUCCUGGUGAUUAUUGUCAUCAUCAUUAUUGUGUGGUGUGUCUCUUAAUGAAGAACCUGGUGAAACCGAAGCCUACUGUUCAGGAGCAUUUUCAAGACUUUCUGCUUAGAACCUGCUAUGUUAUUGAGCUUACCUACUGUUUUUUUUUUGUUCAAAUGAUUAUUUUUGUUAGUUUACAUACAGUUCAGUGCCUAGGAAAUGUGCCUUUAUCUAAAUAUACACUCCAAAUGGGGGUGUGAGUUGCCCUGCCCACAUUUUGCACAGUGCCUUCACAGAGUUAUGCACCGACUAGGAAAGAGGACUUCUGCUGCUCCAGAGUGCUGGAGUCUAGGAAGAUGUCACUGAUGACUUGCUGUGGAUUUCAGGAAGGGGAUUCUAUUCAAGUCAGUUGUCCCCACAUCUGACAUCAUCUUCAAAACAACAUUUUCAAAACUUUGGAUGAUUAGAUUCCCAACUUGUGCCUUCCAAGAAGAACACUACUGCCUAGUAAAAAUCGGUGACAAUAACAGGGUGAGCCUUAUUUUGAUACUGGCUCCUUUUCCUUAAGAGGACCCUCCUUUCUGUAAGCACUACUGACUCCUGCUGUAUUUAAGAUGCUCUCAUGUUAGGUGUGAAGAUGUUUACUUUUUUGUUCUUGUUGUAUAUCACUUCUCAGAGUAUUUUAAUCAAAAAUAACCCUUUAAAA